UGACCAACAGAGCCGUUUUUAGAGCUGCCAUUAGUUAUUUUGGACUCAGACUGGUCCCGAUGCCCGUUUACUAUCUACAACCCGUCAAACUCUGACUCUUCGCCAUAGCAUAGGACGUAGCUACGGUUUCAAAUAUCACAAGCCAGCACGACGAGUGACCGAUAUAGCUCGCAGUCGCAGCUAAACCAAACUAGCGCGUGCUGAGGUUACCUCACGACGGCUGCAGCAGUGAGCCAGAGAGAGCCUCGUCUGACUGGCUGACUUAAACUAGCUGUGUUCAACUAGCUGACUAACUGUCUUUAACGUGUUGUAUAUAUAACUGACUGACUUUAACUAGUUGUCCGUGUUUUGCUAGCUAGCUAGAACGUAGCCGACCCCUUUCGGGACUUGGGAGACAUCAGACAUGCCGCACACACCGAACUGGCCCCGGGAAGCUAUGGGCUUUGGCCACGAGAGAACGGCGUACUUAUUAUAGUAAAUACUUAACGGAAGGUUGAUUAAGAAGUUUGUCUGCUGUUUAACAGUGGUCGGUAGAGGGGAGUUGGAGCAAUUGUUUUGUAGCCAGUAGCAACACCAGUUAGCAGUGAAGUGUUUUGGCAGAGGCUAGUUUUAGCUAUUUAGAGCUAGCCUGUUAGCUAUUGCCUCAGCUACGCAGCCAAACAACCACCACACACACUUCAUCAACACAGCUCUCCGUGCAGGCAAGCAGCCCAGCGGGACACACAGCUGAGCAUGGGCACCUGAGGACGUUCAUUCGUGGCGGAAUUUCAAAGUGGUUUUGUGCAGUUUCGUUAGUUGACCACAACAUCAGCAGCAAAAGCAUGUCCUCGAGCGGAUUCACGGACUUGCGCGAAAAGCUGAAAGCCAUGACCCCGCAGCCUCAUCACCGGGAACGGGAGCACCCGGAACGAGACGACGACGAUCACGGUGAUUUCAUUAACCGGCUGCACAACGCGCGCAGCAAUGGCACCGGCACCAAGAAACGGAAGCGGCGCGUGGAGUCUGACGAAGAUGUCAGCGACCAGGAGGUGCGCGAGACGGAGGCGCGACGCGUCAAGAACGGGAUUCAGCAGGCGAUUGUCUUCAGUCCUGAUGAGUGUGUUCGUAUUGAGGAAAAGAUAGACGAGGUCGUUGCCCACGGUGAUGCAGGUCUUUAUCGAGAGCAUACAGUGGACAGAGCCCCGCUGAGGAAUAAAUACUUCUUUGGAGAAGGCUACACGUACGGAGCCCAGCUGGAGAGGAGAGGCCCAGGACAGGAGCGAUUAUACUCAGAGGGAGAGGUGGAUGAGAUUCCAGGUUGGGUCCAUGAGCUGGUGAUCUCUCGGCUGGUUGCUAGGGGGUUGCUGAAGGAGGGCUUCGUCAACAGUGCUGUCAUCAACGACUACCAACCAGGCGGCUGCAUCGUCUCCCAUGUGGACCCACCCCACAUCUUCGAGCGGCCAAUCGUAUCGGUCUCCUUCUUCUCUGACUCUGCCCUCUGCUUCGGGUGCAGAUUCCAGUUCAAACCAAUCAGAGUGUCCGAACCCGUGCUCUACUUACCUGUACGAAGAGGCAGCGUUACAGUGCUCAGUGGCUACGCAGCUGAUGACAUCACCCACUGUAUAAGACCGCAGGACAUCAAGGAGAGAAGAGCCGUCAUCAUACUUAGAAGGACGAGGGCAGAUGCGCCGCGAUUGGACAGCUGUGCCCUAAGUCCCGUCCCCCUCCACAUAAGCCCCUCCCACACCGUCUCAGAGCGACCAGUCAAACGCCGCAAAGCAGAUCCUGACGCAGCACACAGGCCCCGGAUGCUGGAGAUGGAUAAAGAGGAGGAUCGUUUGUCUCGAGCUCGUGGUGGCCGGAGAGACCACACUUCCCAGAGUCCUCGGGGGCUGAGGGACUACAGUAGCUCCCACAAUGCAAUUCGGCGAGACGGCGGCACACGCAGAGUCAAGAUGAGGAGACACUGAGGAGACGCACACACACACCAGCCAGAUAGAGACCCUUCAGAACCCUCCUACACACACAUGUAUAUAAAUGUUCAAUUACACACACACACACACACACACACACACGCUCACACACACACACACGUUUGUCUUGAGUUCUGAACACUUGCCACACCAACACACACACACAAGCAAAUGUUCCCGUGCACGCACACACACACACACACACACACACACACACACACACACACACACACACACCCCUCCUCCUCCUCCUCAGUCAUGGCCUUUUUGACUGUCUUCACGUUUGGACACUCAACGGGAGAGAGAGCGAGAGAGAGCUAGUGAGUGUGUGUGUUAAGAAAAUGUUGAUUUGCCAUUUCAGAUGUGAUUGAAGUUAUCCUCUUGCUGCUGUGCGUGCUUGCGUGUGUGUGUGCGCAUGUGUCGGUGCGUGUGUUUCUGUGUGUGUGCGCGUGUGUGUGUGUGUGCAUGUUUCUAGUAGGAUGUAUUUCAGUUUGAGUCUUUGAGUUGCAGCAGAGAGAGAGAUCUGAUUAUAUAUAAAGACGUCUUCUGUUCAAAACA